AUGUCCGGUCAACCGCUCGAUCUCUCCGCCUAUACAUGUGGCUCAGUCGCGCAGCAAGAGGCGUUUGCUCAAGCGCUGCUGCGGGAACUCACACAGUUUGGCUUUGUGAAACUGGUCCACCAUGGCCUCUCGGACGAGGAUGUUGGCGCUCUCUUCGACUGGACGCGGAAAUUCUUCGCUCUGCCUAGCUUGGAAAAAGUGCGACUCGCGCAUCCCGCGGGGCCUGAGCCUCAGCGGGGCUGGAGUUGCGUGGGCGCGGAGAGGACCUCCAAGCUUUACCGCGCGGGGCUCGGCGAGACGAAUAUUGACGAAGAGCUAUUCGAUGCGCGGGAGCAUUUUGACCUCGGAUCCCCCGACGACAAAGCAUGGCCUAACCGGUGGCCAGAUGAGCGUUGUCUGCCGGGCUUUCAGGAGUUCCUGGAGCGGUACUACCGCAACUGCGCGGCGGUCAGCUCAGUGGUGCUCGCGGCGCUCGAGCAGGCGCUGGGCCUGCCGGCGGGGGCGUUUGGCGAACGGUGUACGCACACGGCGAGCGAGCUCCGUUUGAACCACUACCCGGCCAUCGAGAUCGAGGAGCUGCGACGCGGAGUCGUCAACCGCAUCUGGCCGCACACCGACUUGGGGGUCAUCACCUGCCUGUUUCAGGAUGGCACGGGGGGGCUCGAGAUGGAGGACCGCGCCAGCACGGCGGCCGGACACAAGGAGGCGUUCCUCCCCGUGGCCCAGGGACCGGAGGGGGCGCCGGCGGAGAUGAUCGUCAGCAUCAGUGAGACGCUGCAGCGUUGGACCAAUGGUCGACUGCCGGCCGCAGUGCAUCGGGUCGAGCUCGCGCCGCAUCUGAAGACGCUGCAGCAGGGGCUGGUCCCGCAGCGCUUCUCCAACGCGUUUUUCGUCAAGGCCGACCGCGAGGUCUCCGUCGCGCCGCUCCCUCAGUUUCUCGCACCGGAGACACCCGCCUUGUAUGAGGAGAUGUCGGCAUUGGAAUAUCAUCGCUUUCGGGUUGCCCAGGCCUAUCGUGGGUGA